CGGCAUGCAUAUUAUACAUUAACACCAAAUAUGGUUUGAACGCAUUUUUAAAUUAAACUUUGAGAAGCCUUAACGUAUCUGAAAGUCCUGAAUUAACGAACUGUAAUCUAACCUUCAAUAAGACUUCAAUGUAUUCAUUUCGUUGUUGAUUUAUAGAUUGAGAUUCAAGUUAUUGAAAAUGGAUCAGGAGGAUAUGAACUGGCAAGCUGGAAGAAAAGUUCUCGAAUGUAAUAAGUACAUGUUAACGAACCAAAUUCAGUUUGAUGUUACAUUCAAGGUGGGACAGGAGGAAAAAGAAGUAAAAGCACACAGAUAUGUUUUGGGCAGUAGGAGUUCCGUAUUUUAUGCCAUGAUGUUCGGAAGUCUCUCGGGUACUUCAUUUAACAUCGCUGUGCCCGAUAUUGAACAUGAAGUGUUUCAAAAUCUUUUGAGGUUCCUUUAUUACGAGGAAACAAACAUAAAUGAGGAAAGUGUCACUGGGACUCUGUAUGCUUCAGAGAAGUAUGGUGUAACGGACCUAAAAGAAGCCUGUAAUUCUUACCUGAAAAACCACAUUAAUGAGGAGUCGGUCUGCGCCAUUAUGGAGAAUGCAAAGCUGUUUAAUUUAAAUGAUUUACUCACCAGAUGUAUUGACUUUAUAGUGCAGUCCGAGGCUACUGCUAAAACAUUUUUGAAGUCACAUGGCUUUCUCAGUCUGAGUAGAGAAUGUUUAAUGUCACUUUUGAAAUUAGAUACGUUGCCUGUAAAUGAGGAAUUUCUCUACAAGUCCUUAAGAUUGUGGUCACAUAAAAACUGCGAAAAAGAUGGGAAGGAUGUGAAUAAUUCUGAAAAUAUUCGCAGCAUGAUGGGAGAUCUUUUGUAUCAAAUUGGAUUCCCUUUAAUGUCUUUAGAAACGUUUUGGAAGGAGGUAGCUUGGGACAACAUUUUGACAACCCAAGAAAAAGAUCAAAUCUCCAAAUUCAUUGUAGGGAUACAUGCUGGAGAUGUUAUGCCUUUCUUAACUAAUCCUAGGAAAAAGGUCAUCUCUAUUUACAGAGGUACACCUCAUAAAGUGUCAUGUAAUUUAAAUGGUGAUAUAGACGCAUUGAAGUUUAAAGUCAAUAAAUCUUUGCACAUUCGUGGAUUAAUUUUGCUUGGAAGUCUUGAUUAUAAUCCAUCUACCUACACAAUUGAAGCCAAAAUAAUUAACAGUGACAAUGAAACAGUAGCAUUCUUCUCGGAGCAAUCUGUUACCAACACAGAGAGAGAAUUCCAAAUAAUCUUUGAUAACCAGUGCUCAGUUAAAACAAACCAGGAAUAUACCAUCUGGUUAAAGAUGGUUGGUCCCCCAAGCUUCCAAGUGAUGAGUUGUCACCAUUCUGUGACAGAAAAUGGCGUCAAUGUAAUAUUUAGCGAAAGCGAAUGGUGCACAAACGGCACAACUGUCUCUUACGGACAAAUUCCUGGACUCCUUUGUUUAAUACCACUAUGAAAAAUAACCUAUAUUGAAUAUCGGCACCCCUUGAUAAUUGAAUCAGGAUCUGUUAAUUACGGAUGCGUUUCCCCAAAUUUCUAAUUUUGUCUUGUGAUUUGAUGACAGAUUCUGGUUUAAUUUACAUUAACGGACGACGAUUUGAUUCUGAAAAGGUGGGCAGAUUCUGUAAAUAAAUAAUCUGUCCUCGAAAAAGGUAAUGAUUUGUCUUUGACCAGUGCUAC